CAGAGGUGAGAGGUCGCAAACAUUACAUGCACUCGCGUCUCCGCCUUAACCUUAUUAUUUCAGAACUAAGAUGUCAAUUCGGUGUUUCACUAGAAAAUGGAAAACCUGUCGUCUAGCUUCACUUUUCGGAGAGUUAACGUCAAACUUCACGAAAAGUAUAAACCCUGUCAGAGACGUUUCAACUACACUGUCUUUGAGACAAAUUGUUACAGUGUUUGAAUACAAAAACAUGUGCGGCGGUUUUAGAGAAUAUCACGACGGAAGACCAAGGGGUCCUCUUUGGAGGGGAAAGAAGCUCAUUGGUAAAGAAGCUCUCUUUGUCAUUUCCGGGUUGAAGAGGUUUAAAGAUGAUGAGGAGAAGCUUCCCAAGUUUAUCAAAACUCAUGUUUUGCGGCUCUUGAAGAUGGACUUGAUUGCUGUUCUCACUGAACUUGAACGUCAAGAGGAAGUCUCUCUCGCUCUCACGGUGUUUAAGGUGAUGCAAAGGCAGGAUUGGUACAAGCCUGAUAUAUUCCUGUACAAAGACUUAAUUAUUGCGUUGGCAAGGGCUAAAAGAAUGGAUGACGUGUUGCAAUUGUGGGAAAGCAUGAAGAAGGAGGAUCUGUUCCCUGAUUCGCAAACUUAUACUGAAGUCAUAAGGGGCUUCUUGAGCAGUGGAUCUCCUGCAGAUGCGAUGAACAUAUAUGAGGACAUGAAGAGUUCUCCGGAUCCACCAGAGGAACUGCCGUUCAGAAUUUUGUUGAAAGGGCUCCUGCCUCAUCCUCUUUUGAGAAACAAAGUGAAACAAGAUUUCGAGGAGAUCUUUCCUGAUUCAAGUAUCUAUGAUCCUCCACAAGAGAUAUUUGGUGCACGCUGAGUUGCUCCUUGGAGACUGGUGCAUUUGGAAAAGCAGGAGCAUGCAACAAAUGGCUGCAGUCAUUCAAGUUUUUUAUGCGUUGCGGGAUUCAGUGCCGGCUAAUUAGUAGAUUGAGGAUUGACAUUUACUGUGCUAUUAUUGAGACCUCCCUUGAUGAAGGCAAGAUUUUGGUGUUGAAACUGAUUGAUGUGAAAGAUCUUCAUUCUCCUUUUCAGUUUCCUCCAUCUUAUCUUCAAUGUACAAAUUGUUAUAGAAGGAAAAGGAAAUCAUAAGUAUUUUUUGCCCAGUAGUUUUGUUUUGAAUUAUGAUGGAUAUUACCUUGCAUAAUGAAGGUGUUGUUGAAUGAGAGAGAUGCUUAUAUAUUUGUAUACAUGGUUAAUCCAAUUUUAUAUUGUCAGAGAUUAGCAAUAACACUGAUUCUCUUAUUUUUCAAAUGUGAAGUGUAUCUUGGAUAUGGGGGUACCUGUGACAAAUAGGAAGAAUAAUCUUACUGGAAUGACUUAAACUAUAUGCAUGUAUCAGUUUGGACUGGAUUCUCAAAAUUUCACAUCUCUUCUCAUAACACAAAAGUCUCUUUGUUUGGUUGGAUCGUUUGAGAGAAGAUAAGUUUUAUGUUGGCACUCUCGUUUCCUCUUAAACAGAGUCCAUGUCGGCCAACAAUCUUCAUAGCUAUUUCGAUCAAUGCAAUUUGCUCAAGGUAUUGACGGCUUCUUUGAAGUUCUUAAAUGAUAUGAAAAUGAAAUAUUUUGCAUUCAAUAUCAUGUCAAAUGGUAGCCUGAU